AUGUUUCCUUUUCAGUUCUUGAAUUUGUUUUUCAUCGCAGCAAAAGGCAAAGAGGAGAAGGAGCGUAAAUAUGACAUAUCGGCUUACAAAAGAGGGGACUUGCUGGCAGUCCCCCGCACCAUUUUCACGCACUUCGGCAUCUACCUGGGGGACAACAAGGUCGCUCACCUGAUACCCGACAUCUUGCCCGUCCUCUCUAAAAACCCGAACGCGAUAAAGAAGACGGUGACCAACCACAGGCUCAUCCUCGGGGUGCUGGCCAAAGUGGCCAGCAUCAGGGUGGACUCCGUGGAGGACUUUGCCUACGGGGCUGAGAUCACGGUCAAUCAAAGGGACAAGGUCUGCAGCCAGUGGCCACUAAACAACGAAGAAGUAGCCAGGAGGGCCGAGAAGCUGCUGGGAUCCAUUACGUACAGUAUCCUUUGGUACAACUGUGAACACUAUGUCAUGCACUGUAGAUAUGGCAGCGCCACCAGUUUUCAGACCGCUCAGUUCUGCAAUAUUGUGAGGGGAAUUAUUUUCAGCGAAAGGAGUGCCUUCCUCACCGCCAUAUUGGGACUGGGAACUAUGCUCUAUCUCGGCUCAGUGACAGCAUACACCACCCUGCCCACCCUCCUCCUCCCUUUUGCUCUCUGGAUCGCAUCAUAACCACAUGACCCAUGACCAGUUUCGCCAUGCCAAUGAACAACUAACUUUUUUUAUGUUGGAGCUUUCUUCGUUUCUACUUUUGAUGGAAAUAACCUGGUUACUGUCAUCAACACAAAUGAAGAUUAUGGGAAAUUUACUGUGUUUUUGUUUCAAGUGAUUGUAAAUUGUAAAGUUUGCAAGGUUGUUAUUCAAAGUAAACGUGUGUACUGUGUACUAUAUUUUACCACAUCCCUGACACUUUUAAACAGAAUUAUACUAAAACUUCAGCAUAAUUUUGUGAAUCAUCUAUGAGCAGAGAGUUUGAAGUUAUUCAUCAUUAGAGAACAUCAUAAUUUCAUUUUCUUGAUCAAUCAUAGAAUGUAUGAAGCCUUUUGGAAUAAUAAACAUG